CUUUCAACUUGAAAGUUCAAAGUUCAGUUUUAUAUUUUUAAAGCCUGUCUGUAGUUUUAGUAAAUCCUCCCAAAAGUACAUGUUGCUUUUUCAUCUCAUUACCAGGUAUAUGCCCCAAAACUGCCAUUAUGUGAAGAAUGUACCGGAUAAAACAAGGCAGUGGGAGCAGGUGCUUCAUCCUUACUUUAUCAUCCCUGUUUGCCAAGCAUCCUCCUCCUCGGACUUUAGAGAUCAAGAGGGUAGUCGCAUCUCCAAGGCUUAUCUCGGUGACAACUUGGGUAUCUCUGUACAGAAGCAUGAUGGAAAUCGCCUAAUCUAUGAAGUGCGUGGGCAGGCCAUGCUCCGAUUCGUGACCCUGUCAUUCUAUGCUACAGCAGCAGUUGGACUGUACCUUGCACCUGACUUUAUCUCCAGUGCAUUAGACAACGAUGUCAUCAACACAGAGACAAUCGUCAACUUGACAGCAGUGGGCUUUGCUGUGGUCGGACUUCCGACAUUACUCCGCAUGUUGUCCAAGAGGCUCAUCUUGAAACUGUACCACAAUGAGGCCAGGGAGACAUACAUGGCUGUCACUCAGUCUCUCUUGCUGACAAACAAAUUUACAACUUUUUCUCUCGAAGAUGUGGUGGUGAAAGAGAAUAAAAGCAUUUUGAGCAAAGCUUUCAAUUUGACUACUUUCAAAGCAAAGAAAGACCCUCUGCAUGUGAAUCCUUAUAACUUCAAGCUUCCAAGUGACUAUAAUCAUUUAUUAGGAUACGAUAAAGACUUACAUGCUUGACUGUGGUGGCUUGGAAAUAAGUGAUCUGAAUUUGAGAUUACCUUUCCUCAAAUGAGUGUUUCUUUAAUAUUCAGGAAGCCUUUAUUCGAUUUUUCGUAUAAUCAGCAGACAUGAUUCAUGAAUUAAGUGUGCUUUCAAAAGAGUACCAAAGCGAUGACGUCAGUUGCCAUGGUGUCAUGGCGGCCUGGUUCUAAACAAAUUAACCCAGAGCGUGUUUCUCAUACAUGUAGGAGAAAAUGGCUGCUAACUGAAUUUCAUCGCUUGCAACCUCAGAUGGUAAUUUUUGCAAGACAAAUGUGUAUAGACGAUCAUCAGCUGCGACUCUGUUUAGAACCAGCUGGUUCGUUGUCAUAACAGUGAAGUCACACUUUGGUACUCUAUAUAUGCAUAGAUCCAGUGUUGUGCAGUGCACACAAGGUUUCUUUCAGAAUGAUCCUGCAGUGACACAUAAGCUGCUAGGCAGAAGCCUUAAUGUGCACCUUUUGAAUAAACUAUUAAUACCUCGGUCACAUUUGCUCUACGGCGGCCAUUUUAAAAUGCUUUGUACCAGCUACAUAAUAGUGGGGUUUGAAUAAAAAUGAAUAAAACGGCCGUUUUCAACUCGCCGUACGGCCGCCAUAGAGUAAAUGUGAUCGAGGUACUACUUUCACUCAUGUUUAUACAUGUACAUCAGAGCAAAGAGAGUAUUGCUUAAAAAUUAGUGAUUUGUCUACUAUUUUUUAUGAAUUUUUUAUUUGUGUACCCAGCUUUUCCAUCCCCAUUGAAGUUCCAAUUGCAACAUAUAAAAAUGGGUCAUUGACAUGUCAUUUUUAGUGUUCCCUCUGCAUAGGGAUAGCUGUCUGAACCAUGCAAUAACAAUUUUUUCACAUUUUAUGCAUUAGAGUGCAAUAUGCAAAAUUAAGUGUCUGGUAUGUUUUGACUAUAAAUCACAAUGCCUAAAAUUAUACUGCUGUUUCUUCAAGCAUUACCAUUGGUGUUCCAAACACUUACUAGAACUUUCCUAUUCACGAAAAUCAAUAACUAGGAAUCGAGAUAUUUUUAAUUUCAAGUUGAUGCUGCAGUGUUUUUAAUCUCAAUUUUCAAGCCUACGCUGUAGGGACAGGAGAAAAAAUAUCACAGUAGAAGAAGCAUAAAUAAUUCAGGAGCAAUGUUCUUUAUAUACUAAACUCAUGUCAUGCGAGGAGUUUGGAUAAGCAACAUUUUCCAUGCUAAUGCCAACAUCAACCAUAACAAAACUUUAAUAAUUUUUUUGAGUUUUUCUAUAUUCUGUGACCUCUUCCUAUUCUGUAGCCUGUUGAUAACUUUAUAAACAAUGUAAUUCUAUGGCCAGAUGGAAUGCCAAAAUGUUUUCCUGUGACACUGGGCCUUUUCACACGUGAAUCUUGAAUCAUCAUUGUAAUGAUGAUUGCUAUUGUUAUCGUGACUGUGAUUAGCGUUCAUGAUUCUAAUCAUGAAUGUUCUAUUUUGGUUUCAUAAAAUUCAUACAUGCUAAAUAUUUGUCAUUAGCCAUAUUUUUCACUGGAAUCAUUCAAAUUUCGAAUUUUUUAUUGUGUGAAAGGGCGGACUAGUAUUAAUUGAAUUAUAGCAAAAAUGUUGCAGUAAAGGUGCAUUGUUACUGAUAGUACUAACUUGAUACUAGACUACUGAAGGGAUGACAUAAAUUUUUGUAACAUUUCAGCAUUUUGAAUGCCAUGUCACAUUGGAUCAUCAUAAAAACAAACCUUCACAGCUCAGAUUUGGUGGGAAUUGUUUAAUAGGGGAUUAAGGUGUGGCUGUAUGCAUGCCUGUUUGGCCUGGGGUGUUUCAUAAAGCUGUUCAUAAGUUAGGAGCGACUGGUGAUCCUUUCUCACCCGCUAAACCAUCGCCAAUGAACGUUUUGGUGUAUAUCAUUUAACAAAAGAAAGGAUCACCAGUUCUUAAAGUCGUUCUUAACUUAUGAACAGCUUUAUGAAACGCCCACCUGGUUCCAAUCAGUUAUGAACCAAGCUGAUUCAAACUGAUUUGGGAAAUUCUGAUUCAAGUGACCACACUUAGGCCAUCAUGAGCCAACCAUGUCAAAUUUAAAGUGUGGAGUUUCCCCAUCUUGAACUUGUAUGGCCAUGGAAAUUUUUUAAUUGAUUCUACUCAAGGCAAUUUUGUUCUAAAACUUCAAAUGUAUUUUAUGAAACAAUAUUGAAAUCCAAGGGAGUAUGAUUUAUUUCAAUUAAUAAAGUAAAUAUUAAUUAUUUUGAA